ACCAGCGCGACGGAAUCUCCUCCAUGGCAGGAUAAGGUGCCUUCGUCCCGAACAGCGUGGUUCUUCCAUUCCCAGCCUCCAGUUCCCAUCGCGAAUCAUGGCCAAAUGCUACUCCGACUGGCCUCCCCUCCCCCCUCUCCAUCCGUCGAGAAGAUCGUCGCCCAACACCUCCCUCUGCACGAUCAAGCGGCAGCUCGCGUCCUUCGUCCUGCACUGCUCCCGCUCCUGCGCCUCCCCCGUUCUUGAGCCCAAGAACUUGCCCGGCGAGCUCCAUGUUUUUUCUGCUCCGGCGCCGGCCAAGGCGGCGCCGGUGUCUACGCUUCCCGACGCUGCGAAGCUCGGCAUCUCCAACAAGUUCAUCCGGGGCCUCUGCAGCGACCGGCAGACCGAGCCGCUCGCCUUCGAGUGCUACCGGAGGGCUCUGCAGCAGCCCGAGUUCCGGCCGGACAAGAAGACGAUGAAUGCGCUCACCGUCCAGCUGCUCCGGUCCAAGCAGUGGAGCUCGCUGGAGCACCUGGUCCAAGAUUUCAUGGCCUAUGGGGUGCUCCCGGAGAGACGGACGUGCGCGCGGCUCGUCGCGACCUGCGUCAAGGCGAGGAAGUUCGGCCUCGCCGACGUGGUGCUCGGGGUCCUCGAAGGGAAGAAGGGCCCGGCCGCCGCCGUGUGCUUCAGCUCCGCGCUGCAGGCGUACAACAAGCUGCACAUGUAUCGGAGCACGGUGCUGCUGUACGAGCGGAUGAAGGCGGCCUGCCUGUCGGUGAACGCCGACGCCUACCGCGCCGUGAUGGCGGCGUUCGGGGCGCUGGGCGAGCCGGACGCGGUGGCCUCGCUGUUCAAGCAGUACAGGUCUCGGAAAUGGUACCCCUCCGAGACCUGCCUCGAGACGUACACCAUCGCCUGCGACGCGCUGGGGCGGGCAGGCAGAGCCCUGGACGCGCUCAAGUGCCUGCGGGAGAUGGAGGCGGACGGCAUCUCGCCGGACGCCGCGAUCUACUCCACGGUCAUCGGCUCUCUGGCGGACGCCCGGGAGACGGCGUCGUCGGAGGACGUGUACCACGAGGCAUGGAAGAAGGGGAUGCUGCGAGAUCCAGACAUGUUCCUGAAGGUGAUCAUCAUGCAAGUCGAGACCGGGCUACUGGAGGACACGCUCGGCGUGGCCAAGGACAUGAGGGAGAUCGGCCUGAGGGUCACCGACUGCGUCCUCUCCACGGUCGUCAACGGCUUCGUGAAGAGGAGAGGCCUGAAGCCAGCCAUCAGAGCGUAUGACAAGCUGGUGGCCAUGGGAUGCGAGCCCGGGCAGGUCACCUACGCGUCGGCGAUCAACGUGUACUGCCGGCUGGGGCGGAGCGACAGGGCGGAGUCCGUCUUCUCGGAGAUGAUCGACCGGGGCUUCGACAAGUGCGUGGUGGCGUACGGCAACAUGAUCUCCAUGUACGGGCAGAUCAGGAGGGCGUCGGACGCCACCAGGCUGCUGGCGCUGAUGAAGCAGAAGGGGUGCGAGCCCAACGUGUGGGUGUACAACUCGCUCCUGGACAUGCGCGGCAAGCUCGGGGACUCGAGGCAGGCCGAGAAGAUCUGGAAGGAGAUGAUGCGGCGCAAGGUGCAGCCAGACCGGGUGAGCUACACGGCCAUCGUCGGCGCGUUCAACCGGUCGGGGGAGCUGGACCGGUGCAUGGACUACUACCAGGAGUUCAGGGAGACGGGAGGGACGGUGGACAAGACCCUGGCCGGCCUCAUGGUGGGGGUGUUCUGCAAGACCAGCCGGUUCAACGACCUCAUCCAGCUGCUGAGGGACAUGAAGCUGCAGGGCACCAAGCUGGACAGGCGGCUGUACAUGAUCGUCCUCAACAGCCUCCGAGAGGCCGGGCUGGAGGUUCAUGUCAGGUGGCUCCAGGAUUACUUCAAUUCCGUGGAGGAGAAAACCUGAUUUCGCGCUCCACGAGUGCCUGAUGUUCAUCUUCAGCAUCGGAGCAUGAGGAUUUGGGUGUCUGGGGAAGGCACUGCUCUGUAAAUUUGAAGAAAAAUAGGUAAAUAUUUGCUUGCCUCCAUGCUCCUUGAAACUACGUGCAUGCUUCCCUGAAUCAUGGAGAAAUUGACACUGUAAAUGUAUUGUAGAAAAUGGCACCAUUGUACCAAAAUGAUCUGAUUCCAGAAUUCUCGGAUAAGCUGUAUAGCUGAAUAAUUCUGCAUUCAUGUCGGAUUCGAUGAUACUCUUGUACAGUUGUAUUAUAGCCCCCGUGGCGGAUGUAAUAACUUGUAUCGAUACUGAAUUUCUCACAUUUGCUCA